AUGUCAUCAGCAGACCAGCGGCGUGAAGGCUUCCACCUUGCACACGGCGAGAAGGAUGGAGACGCAGGCCUCGAGUUUGACAACUCGGGCGGCGGCCCGCUCCGUGUGCCAGGAUUCGGCGGCCUUCCCAUCACGGCGCAGCGCACGCCAGCCGAGCGCUUCGCCCAUGGAUCCCACGAUUGGGCCCAGCCGCGGCUCACGGCCCGAGAGAUGGCCAUGCUGCGGGUGAUGAAUCUCGUGACCGACACGCCCGAUUGGCAAGCUACGGUGUUCGACGAUGAGGCCGUUGCUGGGCUGCGUCCGGACCCACUGGUCCAGCCGCUCAUCAGCGACGCCGCCUGGUCGUGGUGUGUUGCCGAGCUGCGCGACAAGGCCGAACACUUCAAGUCUGCCGGCUAUGUCAGCGUCUUUGACUCGGGUUCAUGCGUUGUCAAGUCCGACGCGCUCAUCUCCCGCGACCUCCUGGAGAGGCUUGACGCCGAGGUCGAUUCGUUACUAGGUAACCAGACAGAGAACCCACUGCCACUCGAUCCCGAGGCCUGGCCGUGGGUCCUGACACUCAUCGACCCGUCCAUGUUCCCCUUGGUGUACGGCCGGACCAAGGUCUUAUCAGACGGGGGCCAGGUGGGCCGCGAGGACGCCUUAAGCAUGGUCGGGCAAGGAGAGACAGCGCCCGACGCUGCGCUUGGCCUCACUAGCCCGGAAGUACUGCUCAAGGAUCCAAACUUAUACGACCAGGUCUGGCGCGGGCCCAGAGGCGCCGCGCCAUACCGCUGGUCCGGCCGCUUCCAGUGGCUGCCCUCCGAAGUCUCCUUUGCCGGUGGACCAGGAACGACAGACGUGCAAAUCACGACAUACAUCAACAACUUGCAUCCCGUCGUGCACAAACAGCUGUACUCAACGAUAGAAGACAUCAUCUCGCUCUCGCUUGAUCCGUGGAAUGAGGUCCUGGUCUGGAGAGAGCGCUACCAAAAUCCGCCGAGGAUCCUCACCUUUGGAGUCUCGUGGUUCCCCCCAUAUCCCGAAUGGGCAUAUCGCCUUGAAGCACUGGACAUGGAAAAGCAGAGACAAGCCAACUUCAUCAAGACACCAGGCGAAUGGAGCGAACCUAUCCCCGAUACAGAUAUUGAGGCGUUCAACAGGGAUUACCGAGACGCACGGGAGAAAGUCGUGGAGUUUCUGGGAAAGCUAAAGGAUGUAGUGGAUUGCCAAUACAACCGCAUAAAAACGACAUGGUCUCAUCCAGAACCCGGCGUCUCUUUCACGUACCCUGAGUGGAAGGCCGGACGAGCUGGCCGAGCCAUCGUGCCCCCUAGACGAAGAAGCGGGUGGAGAUGGAAUGCCCAGCCCACCACUCUCCCCGAUCACGAGUUCUACACUGUCUGUCUUCAGAAUACCUUCCACCGGCAGGGUCUCCAGAUAAUUGUCAAAUUGACGAGCAUCGAGCUUACACCCGAGGAGCCAGUUUACACACCAGGCCACAGCGACUGGUACCAAGACGGCAUGUUAAACGAGCACAUCGUCGCCACCACCCUCGUCUGCAUCUCCAGCACCAACGCCCACCCCCCGGCCUUCUACCUCCAAGUCGAAGCCGACCUCCCGCCCGACAACUACCACUACCAGCGGGCCAACUCCUCCGAGCUAGCCCCCAUCUUCGAGGUCCACGGUAGCCCCGGCCUCGGUGCCGACGGCGGCGGCAACCCCGCGGUCCAGUUCCUCGGCCGCGUGACCCUGCCGCCGGGCCGGCUGCUGACCAUCCCGGCCGUCAUCCAGCGGCAACACCUCCCCGUGGGGCUGGUCGACUCGUCCCGGCCGGGCCACGUGCGGGUGCUGGUUGUGCACCUGGUCGAUCCGCACUACCGGGUGUGUUCGACGCGGAACGUGGCGCCGCAGCAGGCAGAGUGGUGGGCGCGGGAUGGGGUGGAGAAGGUUGAUUGGGCGGGGAGGGGAGUGCCGAGGGAGGUGGUGGAUCAGAUUGGGAGGGAGGCUGGGGUUGGGGAGUGGCCGAUGGGGAGGGAGGAGGCGGAGGGGGUGAGGAGGGAGAGGAUACUGGAGGAGGCGCUGGGGAGGCAGGCGGCGGAGGCGGGGGUGGAUAGGUAUAGGUUUGAGUGGGAUUAA